ACCUGUGCGCUAAAAUACAAGUAUUUAGUAUAAAAGCUAAAACCAAAUCAAUUCGCAGCGACAGACACAGCAGCAACGUCGCGGCUGAAACUUGGAACUUCACCGCAGGCAGCCAAGUUCGGUGCACAAACAAAAAACGAAACCACUUCACAAUGUUCAAACCACUCAUCGCUCUUCUAUUGCUGGCCACGCUCUGCGCCGCCGAAGCGCCGACGCGUUUCCGCAUAGCUGCGCGCCGUCCUAGUGUCGCUCGUGGCCGUUUCCUUGCGCGCCAACAGGCAGUGCCUGCUCCUGCGCCACCCGCACCUACUGGCUAUCCAGCCGCCGGUGUGACACCUGAAAUUCCCUUCGACUUGCCGCCAUCAUCAACAAACAAGCCAGAUGUGACCUACUUGCCCCCGGAUAGCACCUAUGGCCCGCCAACACAGCCGGAAGCUACUUACGGUCCGCCAGCACCGCACAGCACCUACGGACCGCCAACAGCAGCCGCUGUGACACCAGAUGCUGUUUACGGUCCGCCUGAGAACACCUACUUACCACCAGAGCAAAGUGUCACUGCACGCGAUGUGGAUUUAGAAGUUGACGAAGAGGAGGCCACAGUGGAUGAGCAGCAGCCAAGUGAACCGCAACCGGAAGUAAGAGAUCAACACAAGGAGGAGGAGCCCGCUGAGGAAGAGGGCGAGGAGAUUUUCGUCGCCGUCGCCGAUGAUGGUAGCGUCAUUGCGGUCAGCAACUCAUUCGACGCACAGGGCACUAACGAUGAAGCCGACAACAAGGCAGCACAACAGCCAGCGCGUUUAGUUUUCCAACGUUUCCCACAAGGUAGACGCCGUGCGCCAGCUGACUUGCCUGUACCAGCGCAUUUAAUUAAGCAGCGUCGUGUAAGGCCAGCAAAAUUUCAAUUACUACAGCGUGCGCAACAGCAGGCACAGCCACAAGGGUUCCCGUUCGCCGCGCGCUACACCGGCUGGUAA